CACCUUGAUUUGUUAUGAUAUGAUAUUUUAAUAGUUAUAUUGCUAAAUUGAAUUAAAAAUUAAUAAACAGACGUAGAAAAUGAGGAGCCGAAGUAAUUCCGGUGUACGUCUGGAUUACUACCAGCGAUUAGUGCACCAAGUGAUUAUGGAGCACCAAAAUCCCGUGACGGGUUUAUUUCCAGCGAGCCAAGAAAAUAACCACGCUUGGAUCAGGGACAACGUCUACUGCGUUUUAUCAGUUUGGGGGCUCUCUAUGUCCUACAAGAAAAUAGCCGAUCAAGACGAAGACCGAGCUAAAACGUACGAGUUGGAACAAUCGUGCGUGAAACUGAUGAGAGGGCUGUUGAUGUCCAUGUUACAGCAAAAAGACAAAGUGGAAAGGUUCAAGAAAACGCAGAACCCGCUAGAUUCGUUGCACGCCAAGUACUCCUCGGCCACGGGUCAAAUAGUUGUAGGAGACAACGAAUGGGGCCACCUGCAAAUCGACGCCAUUUCCCUCUACUUGCUCCUUCUAGCGCAAAUGACCGCUUCGGGAUUGCAAAUCGUGUUCAACUUGGACGAGGUGGCUUUCAUUCAGAACCUAGUGUUCUACAUAGAGUGCGCCUAUUGCACACCUGAUUACGGCAUAUGGGAAAGGGGGGAUAAAACAAACCACGGGCUGCCGGAAUUAAAUGCUAGUUCUAUCGGAAUGGCCAAAGCUGCUCUCGAAGCUAUGAACGAGCUGGAUUUAUUUGGAGCGAGAGGGGGCCCAUACAGCGUUAUUCAUGUACUAGCUGACGAGGCUCAGAAAUGCCAAGCCGUCCUGCAGUCGAUGUUGCCCAGAGAGUCGAGUUCGAAGGAAAUCGAUAGCGGUUUAAUUCCGAUUAUUAGUUUCCCUGCUUUCGCUGUCGACGACCCUGCACUAAUUUCUUUCACGAGGGAAACUAUCAUCGAAAAACUCCAAGGUAGUUACGGGUUUAAGAGGUUUCUUAGGGACGGGUACAAGACACCAAAAGAGGACCCAAGUAGAUUAUAUUACGAACCGUGGGAACUUAAAAUGUUUGAAAACAUAGAAUGCGAAUGGCCAUUGUUCUUCUGCUACAUGAUUCUCGACAACUGCUUCAGAGGCAACAAAGAAAUCGCUGCUAAAUAUACCAAAGAUUUAGAAGAGAUCAUGAUACGAACUGAAGAUGGCUUGAAACUAGUUCCAGAAUUAUAUUCGGUGCCUCCGGAGUUAGUAGUCGCCGAAUACAAAGACCCGGGAAGUCAAAAGAGAAUCCCGUACGGCCACUGCCCUCACCUUUGGGCCCAAUCGUUGUACAUCGUAGGAAAACUGCUUCAAGAAGGAUUUUUGGCUCCCGGUGAACUGGACCCAUUAAACAGGAGACUGGGGUCCGAAAAGAAGCCUGACGUAGUCGUGCAAGUGGUCAUUUUAGCAGAAGAUGAGGAGAUUAAGAAGAAAUUAGCUGAGCAUGAUAUAAAAGUGCAAACUAUCGCUGAAGUAGCCCCUAUUGAAGUGCAACCAGCUAGAGUUUUAUCCCACUUGUACACGUAUUUAGGUAGAAAUAAAAAACUUGGUCUUACAGGCAGGAAAUCUAGGGAUGUUGGAAUUCUUUCUACUAGUAAAUUAUAUUCGUUGGGAGAUAAAAUAUUUGCUUUUACGCCGCAGAAUUUCGAUCCAGAGGAAUAUUACACGAGCUAUGACAUAGCUCUAUUGGCGGAUAAAGUUAGAGCUCAUCUGGCAUUUUUGACUAUGAGCUGGCGAAAUAUGCUCGGGAGGCCUACUAUUUCGGUCGUUAUUACCAAUAAUCAUUUAGAGGAAGACAAACUGCCUUUGGCAAUGGUGACGACAAUGAAGAAGCUAAAAUCCGGCUACAUAAACGGCACAAGAGUAACAUUGGGCAACUUGAACGAUUUUUUGAGCACCAGUUGCAUUACGAACCUCAGCUUUCUGGGCUGUCACGAAGACGGAUUGCCAGACAAGCUAAAUCCCCAAGUGCAGCAAUACAUGGAAGAGCACUCGGUGAAAUCCCUAUCCAACAAAUAUUCGUUGUUAACCGUUAACCGGGCCGCACCGAAGAACAGGCAUUUGAUCAGAAAAAUGUCGGUCCGAGGAGCCGUCAAGAAGACGAGAUCGAUUAACGUCGAUUCCGAAACGCUGGGAAUGGAAGGCAGCACUUUAGACAGAAGAAGUUCCUUGUAUUUCUCGCUACCUUCUGCGGACGCCACGGAUAACGUCAAGGAACCACCCGUGAGGUCGCCAUCACCGGAGAAAAGACCCAAGAAGAAAAUCGAAUCGCCCAUUAUCAAUAUUUCGAGACACAGGAACUUGUCCGAAACUCAAUACGCCGAUACCGAAGUAGACGAACUGUUCGCAAUGCUGAGAGAAUCCGAAUCGCUCGAAGAGCAAGGCGACAUUUUGCAAUAUUUAGUGGCGUCCAAAGGCUUGGACUACAACACCGGCAUGCUGGAAUUCGGCCGGGUCGUAACCGUAAAAGAUCUACUGAAAGGUUUGUACGAGAAGGCCUGCCAUCAGAAAAAGUGGGGCUUGGUGAGACAUACGGCCGGUAUGCUGGGGAAAAGGGUCGAAGAUUUGGCCAAAUCGGUCACCGAUUUGCUAGUUAGACAGAAGCAAAUCACUGUAGGAAUGCCACCGAACAACGAGCACACCAUCACCGCUCCGCUUCCUGAAAAUGACCUGAGGCUUCUCAUACACGAAGCUUACGGAGAGGACGACAGUACGGCGAUGUUGACGCAGGAGCUCUUGUCUUACUUGGCGAUGUUCAUCAGGACGGAGCCUCAGCUGUUCUUGGAAAUGCUUAGGCUAAGGGUGGGUUUGAUUAUCCAGGUGAUGGCCACCGAAUUGUCCAGGACGCUCAUUUGCGACGGAGACGAAGCCUCCGAGCACUUGUUGAAUUUGAGCCCGUUCGAAAUGAAGAAUUUGUUGCAUCAUAUUAUAAGCGGCAAAGAAUUCGCGAUCAGUAGCGUUGGUAGAGGUAACUUUUCGAUAAUCACAAAUAAAUCCAGUCGUAUUAGUAAGAAAAGUCACAUCAGUUUAUCUGCUGAGAUGGCCGAUGAAACCUCCGAGCCCGAUAGGCAAGGACAAUGGUUAAGAAGAAGAAGAUUGGACGGUGCUUUAAAUAGAGUACCUAGAGAUUUCUACUCGAGAGUUUGGGGAAUAUUAGAGAAGUGUCACGGUUUGGAUAUAGCCGGAAAAGUCUUGCCGCAAACGCUAACACAGGAAAUGACGCCUGGUGAACUGAAAUUCGCUCUAGCAGUGGAAACUGUGCUCAAUACGAUUCCACAACCGGAGUACCGGCAAUUGAUAGUAGAAGCUCUAAUGGUACUAACCCUGGUUUCCGAAUACAACAUCGUAAGCUCCUUGGGAGGGAUUAUCCAAGUCGAAUAUUUGGUUCAUAUAGCUAACGAACUAUUCCUAGACGAUCAGAUUAAAUGCGACGGUGAUGCUACGCUGUGUUGCGCCAAGCCGAAGGAAUUGAGAGAAAUGUCGAAGACUGGGGGAUUGCUCUGCGGCGGCGCUGCCUACAUAUGUCAACAUUUCUACGACAGCGCCCCGAGCGGGUGUUACGGAACUAUGACUUACAUGACCCGAGCUGUAGCCGUCACAUUGGAGAGCUUGCCCAAGCAGGGGGAACUCGAUUGUAGCAUAAGCUAAGUUAAUUCGAAUUUGUACUCGGGAAUUUUUCAAACUCUGGUUGCUUCAUCGAUACCACAGGAGUUUUUUUGUUAUUAUAGAUAAACCAGUUAAUCUAAGUUUACCCGGGUAAACUGCGGAAUAACCAAGAAACCUAGGUUUAGUCGUUUAUCUAACUUUAGCCGUAAUAUAUACAUCACUCGUUAUAGUGGGACGAGGUUAAUCUGAGUUUAAAAGUUCUCGAGUUGUGUUAUUAAAAUUUAGGUGCCAAAACAUUUGUUUAUAUACUGUGAUUUUUAGAUAUUAUACACAUUAUAACAGAAUAUUAUAGUUGUUUGUGAGAAUAUUUAUGUUUAUGGAUAUUAUAUUUUCAUACUCUAAAUAUUAUUGCACAUUGGAUUGUUUCUAAAUAGAUAUUUAAUGUUU